GGCUUGACGAAGUCUCGGUCCAUCGUCGCUAACAUCACGAGAAUAGAGGCGGAAACAAUCCAGGAGGAGCAGAGAGAAGACAUGAGGGACCAAGACCAGGACCAGGUUCAGGUCCAGACCCUGGUCAAAGAGGAGAUUCACGAUGAGCCGGUGUUCACCAACCAUACCGGGAUCAAGGAGGAAGAGCAGGAUCCGGAUUUUAACGUCCAGACCGAGAUCAAGGACGAGAACGAAGACCCGGACUUUAGCGACGAGUUGGUGAUCAAAGAGGAGAGCCGUGAGGACCCGGGUUUUCUCAUCCAGACCGGGAACCAGGACGAGAACCAAGACCCAGACUUCAACGAGCAGUUCGUGAUCAAAGACGAGAACCAGGAGGACACGGAUUUUAACGCCCAGGACCACUUCAACAUUGUGAUCAAGGAGGAGGACCACCAGGAGCCGGAUUUCACCGAGCAGGGAUGGAGCCAGGAGCAAAGCCAGGACCAGGAUCAGGGGCAGCAGAGCCCCGAACCCGCGGGUCCCGCCGGUCCUCAGAAACGGAGAUACACAAAGGCACAUCAGAGCCCCGACGCGACUCCGAAGAGGUUCCGCUGUGACCAGUGUGGGAACACGUUUUCAACUGCAUCCAACCUGAAACUGCACAACCGCAUCCACACUGGAGAGAAACCCUACAGCUGCGACCAGUGCGGGAAAAAGUUCCGGGACACGUUCCGAUUGAAGACGCACCAGCGCAUCCACACCGGAGAGAAACCGUUCGGCUGCGACCAUUGCGGCGCCACGUUCAGACGCUCGUGCUCGCUGCAGAUCCACCAGCGCGUCCACACCGGAGAGAAACCGUACAGCUGCGAAGAGUGCGGCAAACUGUUCACGGACUCGUUCAGGCUGAAGACGCACCGGCGCAUUCACACCGGGGAGCGACCGUACAGCUGCGAGCAGUGCGGCUCCGCCUUCAGCCGCUCCUGUUACCUGCAGGUCCACCAGCGCAUCCACACGGGGGAGAAACCGUACAACUGCGAGCACUGCGGGAAAGCCUUCUCCACCUCCAGCAAGCUGACCGUGCACCACCGCAUCCACACCGGAGAGAGACCGUACAGCUGCGAGCAGUGCGGGAAAGCGUUCGCGAUCCCCAGCAGCUUGAAGAGCCACCAGCGCAUUCACACCGGGGAGAAGCCGUACGUGUGCGGCCAGUGCGGGAAAGGUUUCAGCAGGUCAAGUGUCCUAAAGGUCCAUCAGCGUCUCCACAACAUGUAGGACAAACCAUCGGCACAGCUGAGGUCAUGUGACUGUAAAACAGAGGACGGAUUUGAAACGCAGAACUUCUGUUCCCUCCCCUGUUCCCUGUUCAAGUCACGUAGUCAGCGCUGACUCCACGGUGAGCGCCCCCUGUGGCUUGAUCCAGCCAAAGAACCAUGCUGAAUAUAAACUGACUCUCCCACACCAAACCCCAUAGAGAAAUACAGUGAUUUUAGCUCACGGUUGACGCAGGCGCUGCUGGUCUAGUGCUGCCUCGUGUGGUCAGUUUGUGUCACUGAGGUCAAUCUGAACAAAGAA